CAAAAAAAUCAGUCUGUCCUCAAAGGAACCUUAAACUGAGCUCAUCCAGCCUUUUUCAACAGCACAGCAGAGCUUCUAUCCAACACUGAGUGCAGACAUGUCUAUUGCCAGGUGUCUUCUAUCUGACGAUCAUUUUCAGUGCUCCAUCUGCCUGGAUGUCUUCAAUGAUCCAGUCUCCACACCAUGUGGACACAACUUCUGCAAAAACUGCAUCGGUCAACACUGGGAUAUCAGUGACAGGUGUCAGUGUCCCAUGUGUAAAAAGGUAUUUGAAGUCAGACCUGAGCUGCACAUCAACACUUUCAUCUCUGACAUGGUUUCUCAGUUCAGACGUGAAGCUCAGCAGAAAGUCAGCAGCAGCAGUUCAGAGCAACAAGCUGCCAAACCAGGAGAAGUUCCCUGUGACAUCUGCACUGGAACCAAACUGAAGGCCUUGAAGUCCUGCCUGGUGUGUCUGGCCUCCUACUGUCAGACUCACCUGGAGCCUCACCUGACAGCUUCAUGUCUGAAAAGACAUCAGCUGAUCGAUCCUGAGGAGAACCUGGAAGGAAGGAUAUGUGUGAAGCAUGAUAAACCUCUGGCACUGUUCUGUAAGACCGAUCAGACAUGUGUCUGCAUGCUCUGCUGUGUUUUUGACCACAAGACUCAUGAGUUUGUUCCUCUGAGAGAAGAAUAUGAAGGAAAGAAGGCAGAACUGGGGAAGACUGAAGGUGAAAUUCAACAGAUGAUCACGAAGAGACGACUGAAGAUUCAGGAGAUCAAAAAGUCAGUGAAGAAGAGUAAAGAUGCUGCAGACAGAAAGAAAGCAGAAGGUGUUCAGGUCUUCACUGCUCUGAAGGAGUCUGUUGACAGACGCCUGAAUGAGCUCAUAAAGGAGAUUGAAGACAAACAGGAAACAACAGAGAAACAGGCUGAAGGUUUCAUCAAAGAUCUGGAACAGGAAAUCUCUGAGCUGACGAAGAGAAGCUCUGAGGUGGAGCAGCUCUCACGCUCUAAAGAUCACCUCCACCUCCUCCAAAGAUUCUCAUCCCUGAAAGCUGCUCCAACCACCAAGGACUGGAUAGAGGUCAGUAUCCAUCCACCAUCACAUGAGGGGACUGUGGUGAGAGCUGUGGAUCAGCUGAAGGCAACACUCAGUAAAGACAUGAAGAAGCUGUUUGAGGCUGAGCUGAAGAGGGUCCAGCAGUAUGCAGUGGAUGUGACUCUUGAUCCUGAUACAGCACAUCCUAAACUCCUCCUGUCUGAUGAUGGAAAACAAGUACACUGUGGUGAAGAGGAGAAUGAUCUUCCAGACAACCCAGAGAGAUUUUCUGAAUUUCCCAUUGUUUUAGGAAAGCAGAGUUUAUCUUCAGGCAGAUUUUACUUUGAGGUUCAGGUUAACGACAAGACCAAAUUGAUGUUAGGAGUGGUCAGAGAGUCAGUCAACAGGAAAGAAAAAUUCACAGUUGAAUCGAAUAACACGAAAGGUUACUGGAUUGUAGGAGUAUAUGAAAAUAAUUAUAUAGCUCUUGAGGAUCUUCCAGUCUGUCUUUCCCUUCAGUCUGAUCCUGAGAAGGUGGGGGUGUUUGUGGAUUAUGAGGAAGGUCUGGUCUCCUUUCAUGAUGUAGAUGAUGCAGCUCUUAUCUACUCCUUUACUGGCUGCUCCUUCACUGAGAAACUCUACCCAUUCUUCAGUCCCUGGAAUGUUGAUGAUGAUGGUAAAAACUCUGCACCUCUGAUCAUCUGUCCUGUGAUGAUGGGUGAUGGUGACAGGUGAUGACAAUGACCAUGAUAAGUGAUCAUCUGUUCUGCCAUUCUUGAUCUUUUUCCAUGGGGAAAUUGGAUCAAUUACAGAUAAAUCUCAACCAUUUCAAUCAAAACAGAGAAGAUGUCCUAAAAACAGAACUGACCAAACUGCACAUGUUGGUCGAGACCAGGAAAUGUGGCUAGAAGCUGCAGAACAAGCCAGUUAUCUGACCCUAGGUUUAAUUUUUUUUGUUAGGCUGUUUUCAACUUGAGAAAAAUAAUCCAUUUGAGGAAAUCCAGCAUGAGGAGGAAGACACUCUUCUUUCUUUCAGUGUUUAAAGGCACAGAAAUUAAAGCAUAUACAUUGUAUAGAUAUGAGUACAAAUGUUAAUAUUUAAUUAUUUUAAUUCACCUGGUGUUAAAUACCAAAAAAAGGAUUCAGAAACUGGUGUUCUGAUUCAAUGUGUAUAACAUGUUUGUUCAGAAUGAAAUUAUUAAAAAUUUGAACUUUUAUCA